GCAGGUGUUAGGUGUAUGACUGCUGUCAGUCAACUGAAACAUGUAUCUAGUGCUUUUCCUCUAGAAUGUGAGCAUUAUGGUGAAGAAAAGAUACUGCCAUCAACAGUGUAACUGUCAUAGUUUUUAAAGUGACAUCUGGCAAACGGCUUGUGGUGGGUCUGUGUGCGGACAGAAAAGUUUUGGAAGCAGUGGUUUCUUAAAUUGAAAAGUGUGCAGUAGGCUAUUUUUCCUGGAAGCACUUGCUGCUUUAAAAAAGCAGUUACUCACCUAUAGAGUUUGGAAUUUCACAAAUUUGAAAGACAAUUCCUGUAAAUACUAGUAAAUAUUGCUGGUGUUGUGCAUUCUGGAGAUAUAUUUUUACUACAGAUACUACCAAGGCUUUGCGAAUGGGAUGAACACGCUUCUGUUGACUGCUUACUGACAGUAACCAGCUGGGCACUUCACUGGUGAUGUUUUCAUUCUCACAUUGUCCAAUUGGAGUUUGCUUAUACUGAUUUUUAAAAAGAGGAAGAAAUCAAAGUGGAGUACCGUAAACUUGACAUGGAUAAUAAAAAGAAAGACAAGGACAAGCCAGAUGAAAGAAUGGCACGGCCUGGUGGGAGGUCAGGCCAUAAUCCACGUGGAACUGGUUCUUCAAAUUCUGGAGUGUUAAUGGUUGGACCUAACUUCAGAGUUGGCAAAAAAAUAGGAUGCGGUAAUUUUGGAGAACUACGGUUAGGAAAAAAUUUAUACACAAAUGAAUAUAUGGCAAUUAAGCUGGAGCCAAUGAAGUCGAGAGCACCACAGCUACAUUUGGAAUACAGAUUCUACAAGCAGCUAGGAUCUGGAGAUGGAAUACCUCAGGUUUACUAUUUUGGCCCAUGUGGCAAAUAUAAUGCUAUGGUGCUAGAACUACUUGGACCUAGUCUGGAAGAUUUAUUUGACUUGUGUGGUAGGACAUUUUCUCUUAAAACCGUUCUUAUGAUAGCCAUACAGUUGAUUUCUCGUAUGGAAUAUGUCCAUUCAAAGAACUUGAUAUACAGAGAUGUAAAACCUGAGAACUUCUUAAUAGGACGACCUGGAAACAAAACCCAGCAAAUUAUUCAUAUUAUAGAUUUUGGUUUGGCAAAGGAGUAUAUAGAUGCAGAAACGAAGAAGCACAUACCAUAUCGAGAACACAAGAGCCUUACAGGAACAGCUAGAUACAUGAGUAUAAAUACACAUUUAGGAAAAGAGCAAAGUAGAAGAGAUGAUUUGGAAGCUUUAGGUCAUAUGUUUAUGUAUUUUCUCAGAGGAAGCCUUCCAUGGCAAGGUUUAAAGGCUGAUACAUUAAAAGAACGUUACCAGAAAAUUGGAGACACAAAACGAGCAACCCCUAUAGAAGUACUGUGUGAAAACUUUCCAGAGGAAAUGGCUACAUACCUACGUUAUGUAAGAAGGCUAGAUUUUUUUGAAAAGCCGGACUAUGACUACUUAAGAAAGCUCUUCACAGACUUACUUGAUCGGAAAGGCUAUAAGUUUGAUUAUGAAUAUGACUGGAUUGGCAAACAGUUGCCUACUCCAGUGGGUUCAAUACAUUCAGACCCUGCACUGUCUUCAAACAGAGAAGCAUAUCAGCACAGAGAUAAAAUGCAACAAUCCAGAAAUCAGUCAACAGACCAUAGGGCAGCUUGGGACUCACAGCAAGCCAAUCCACAUCAUUUGAGGGCUCACCUAGCAGCUGACAGACAUGGUGGCUCGGUACAGGUAGUAAGCUCAACAAAUGGAGAACUGAACACAGAUGACCCAACUGCAGGCCGUUCAAAUGCACCCAUCACAGCUCCUGCAGAAGUAGAAGUAAUGGAUGAAACUAACUGCCAGAAAGUGUUGAACAUGUGGUGCUGCUGUUUUUUCAAGCGGAGGAAAAGGAAAACCAUUCAGCGCCACAAAUGACUAGAACCAAGCAGAACAUGGGAAAUUGCUUAUUUGUUCAACUGCUGUCUUGUGAUCUUAAAAACAAACAAACAAACCCUCUGUAAUGACCAAACGUUUUCCAAGGACUCCCUUAAAAACAAGGUCAUUUAUGUGUGCUUUGAUUUGGUUCUCCUGCAUCCAUCUUUUGUUUCUUUAAUUCAUUUAUUCUGAAAGCUUUAAGGUUUUGUCAAGUAUGAGUGCUUCUUCGACCAUCAACAAAUGGACCAAUAAAAUGGUACAAAUGAACAGUAUCUUCAGCAAAACUAAACUUGAAAAGUAUUUCUCCUGUCCUAGGAAGUACUAGCAGUGUCUUAGCUGAAGACAGAUGUCAUAAAUCUGUUAUUUGAGUUGGUAGCAGCUUAUCAAAAGCAGUUUUCUUCAAAAAUGCAGAAGAAAAAUACAGUUGCACAACCAUAUAGAAAAAUAAUAAAAUCUUAAACUUAUUUUCUGACA